GGGAGGGAGGAGGCGCCACCGCCGUGUGAGGGAAAGGGAAAGGACACGCACACUGGCAAUCCACAUGGCAAUUCCUGGAUCGUCCGCGGGCCAGAUCCAGAAGGCAAUUGGGCCUGAUCCAACCUGUGGACCUUAGUUUGCCGACCCAUGAUUAGUCUAACCCCCAGGAAUGCAGGGAUCACAUGCUUCCUGGUGCUGGACUCCCUUGCUGUCCCUAAGCCCUUCUUCCUAAGCUGACUCUAGCAAGACCCUGCCUGAUGGAGGAGUUGCUUAGCUCUCAGUUACGACAUGGGAAGUUAUCAGAAGCGGCCUUAUAUGGAGUCCAUUUAAGUGCAGUUGACACUGACGGGCAGCCGCUUUCUUGUGCUUCGUACAGUGAUCUUCUCCAGGCUUACCUGGAAGUACCAGGGGCUGGGUGUAUGGGGUGUUAGGGGCGGGAUAGUACCUUUACUGGGGGACACGCCGUGCUCCUUCUGGGGCAGUUCAUCCACCUUUGGUCCCCACAGUAUUUUAUUCAACACCCCUGUGCUUAUAUAUAGGUCAUGCAAUUCAUAGAUUUUUUUAAAAAUCUAGAUUGGAUUUCACGCAGAACCUUUCUAGAACUGGUGCCUUGCUCUAUUUAUUUCACCUGAAGGCCCCGAUCUUGCAAAGACUUCACUUUCCACUUUCCUGUGAGGAAGUGGUUUCAAUGGAAGUAGGUGUCAAAGUGAAGACCGAAAUGGAAGAUGUGAGCUCCAAAAGGGUCAGCGAAUUCUUGCAGAAAUGCGUCAAGCUAGAGGAUAGCGAAGGGGACGCCCAGCCCAAGGAGGAGAUCAUAGAACUGCAGACCCUCCCUAUUCUUGCACCAUCCUACCCUCAGACAGUACAAGAGGAAAUAUCCAUGGUCUUCAAUACCUGCGCGAUGCCAGCCAACCUGGGUCCGUGCACCAGGCGGAGGCGCGAGAAAGGCAGUGGCCACGACGGGACGAGCGCCUCCCUCUACGUCGACCGCCGCAAAUCCAAGGUGUGGAACUACUACACAAAGCUGGGGGAUGCCUACGUGGAGUGCAACGUCUGCAAGAAGCAGCUCUCCUUCCACAACAGCACCACCACCAUGAGGGAGCACCUCGUGAGGAAGCACAGCAUCCGUGACACCCUGCUCUCUCAGCUGAAGGACGACCAGGUUCCCGACCCCGACUACGUGGCUCAGGAGACGGCGAUAAAAAGGGCCCGCCAGCUCACGCCCGAAAACAGCAGCCAGUACCACGCCGCCUCCUGCGCGGAACCCAGGACGGACGUGAUUCUGGAGCUGGUGCUGGAAAUGAUCUUCCGUGACCUGCACCCUCUCUCGGUGGUGAAGGACAAAGGCUUUGGCCUUCUGAUUGGCUAUCUAGAACCUAGCUUUAUUCUCCCGUCCCCCAUGCAGCUCUCUAGCAUGUUGUGGCACCGGUACAACGUGGUCAAGCAACACCUAGAACAUUACCUGCAAACGGCCCACUCGAUUGUGAUCUGCGCUGAGUUCUGGCUGUCCCAGCCCAACCAGACCUACUUGACAAUCAUGACUAACUUCAUCGACGGGGAGUGGAGGCGGGCCAGGUGUAUCUUGGAGACCCAGCAGGUGCACGAGGAUAAAGGGGAGAGUAACUUGGGAGACCGGCUGUACUCGGUCCUGACGGACUUUGGGCUGUCCAACAAGUCGGUCUUCUGCGUGAUGCACGACAGCCUGCAGGAUUUGGGGGCCAACUCCUCGCAACUCAAGUGCGUCUACGGCUGGACCAGCCUGUGCUGUGCCGCCCACCUGCUGCACCUGUGCGUCAAGGCGGGUCUCGAAGUGGAGCAGGUGCAAGAGGCCCUGAGCGCGGCGCGCAGCAUCGUCUGCUACUUCCAGCAGGACGCCAAGGCCACCUGCUCGCUCAACAGCAAGCUGGAAGCCAUCAACAAGACGAAGCUGAAGUUGGUGAUGGACACGGGGGCUCGGUGGAUAACCACCAUUGAGAUGUGCGAGUGCCUGCUGGACCUCAAGUGGGCUAUCAUGUCUGUGUUGGAGGAGCACCCCAAGGGAACAGCGGUGGUCCAGAACUUGGCCGACCACCAGUGGAAGCUCUUGCAGGACCUGGUGCCCGUCAUGAGAACGCUCAAGAUCGCCACGUCCUUCUUGCGGGAGGAGCAGAACUUCUCCAUCUCCUCCCUGAUGCCGUGCAUCCAUGGCAUUGUCACAGCUAUAGGGCAGCAGUCGGAAGAAGCGAGCGGCGUCAUCAAGACGGUGGUGAGCAACAUCAGGUCGGAGCUCACCCAGCGCUGGGGGAUCUUGGAUGAGGAGAAGUUGCUGGAGAGCCCAGCGGUGGUGGCCUCAUUCUUGGACCCGCGUUUCAAGGAAAUGAGGUUCCUGAGCCCCAGCCUGAGGAGCGAGCUGCACAAAAAGAUCAAGAGCAUGCUCUCCCAGUUCUUCAACCACCAGUCCCCGCUGUCCAACCAGUUCUGGGUGCCGAACGCCGACUACAAAGCAGAGGUUGGCGAAACGGCCUGCCAGGUCUCUGCCCAUAAGGAGAGAGGCCCGAGCGGGCAGUCUCAGAGCAUGUACGACAUCCUUUUGGGGAAGGACCCCACGGAGAGCAUGCCUGAGAUCCAUCAGCAGCUGGAGAACUACAUUGUGGAGCCUCUCUGCAAGCGCAGCACCAACCCCUUGGACUGGUGGAAGAACAAUGAACACCGCUUCCCCUCCGUAGCCAGGUUAGCCCGGCAAUACCUGGCCAUCCCGGCCACAGUCGUGCCACCAGAACAGGCCUUUGCUGCCAGCGAAAGCGCCCUGGAGCAUCGGAGAGGUGUGCUUGCUCCUGAGAACCUGGACCAAAUCCUCUUCUUGCACCAGAAUUUCGAUUUUUUAGAAUCGAUGAGAAAUGGCAACGAGAAUCUGAGUAAGGCGGUUCACAACCAGUACUGAAAGUCAGGUGUGCCGAGGCCAGUGUAUUACGGUGUGGCCACUGCACUGGGAGAUGAGAAGGGAUGUAAGGGGGACACCUUGGCCCUCAGGUUACUUUAGGGGAGGCACAGGUCAGGGCCUGAUCUUGCCUGCUUAAAUUAAAGAUGAAAGUUUGCCUGCUGUCUAAACUCACCCUUGUUCUUCGCUGUAGUGGUAUCUCAACCUACAACUCAGUAGUGUUUUUUCUUGAAAGGGUGUGCUGGACUCGGAGCAGAAAACAGACCUUAGAAGGGCCAUAUCCAACAAUAAUCUCAAAAGAUACAGGUGUGUUUCUGGAAGGCCAAUCCUAGUCUGGAGGUCUAUAAUAAACCGAACCAUUUACCUAUCUUACCCUGGAAAAGAAGGUAAAUAGGGAGAGAAUGUAGAAAUCGCUCCAGAGCUCGUGGGGCUCACUUAGUUUAGUGCAUUAUAAUGCUUGUGGUGUGUGUCUUCCUUUUCAUUUGCCUUUAAGGUUCCUAUGAGGCCCUUCCAUUGAGGGAGACAUAGGUGUUUUGAGCCUCCGUCACCCCUUUACCUGUGUUGGAAUCCUGUAAAACAGAGGUGGCUACCCACCAGAUGUUGUUGGGAUGCAACUUCCAUUGGCCUUGCCGGCUAGGACAAGGAGUUCAACAUUUGGAGGUCUACAGGUGAGCCACACCUUCCUUAGGAGAAAGUUCUUUCUGCACAUGUUUACCAUGUGCUAGUCCCACGUAAUGCAGGCAAGGGCCACCACCCACACCUCUUCACCCUCAGAGUAAGCUAGGUGCUUCCGUUUUUAAAAACAAAAGAACGCUGCGCUGUGGCAACCCUUAUGCAUCAAGACACAAGGACUAAGUGGGCUGCAAGAAGCCUACACUUCCACCCAGAACGAAGACGUCUGUACAGUAUAGGGUGAGCGCUAAUCCUGUCCUAGACUUUCCCAGUUCCCUUGCCUUGUACUAACCACUGGUGAUGGGAUUCCAGAGGCUCAAAAUACGCAUGUUUCCACCUGCAGAGGGGAACAUGCAACUUAG